UAAACCAGCUGUAGGAACACAAACUCUGGUUUGAGGACUCUGUUUUAUUGUUUUUUGUGCAUUUUAAAGCCUCUUUAGAAAAAUGAGUGUUAAUAAUUCUUAAAAGCUUUUAAAGUUUGUGAAAUGUCACCCUCUCUGUUAGCUCUGUUGUUGGACUAGAAAGUAUUUGAAAUGAUAGUUUGGACCAUGCCUCCUGUUUGACUGUCUGCAGGGAGCCCUCUGUAGAUGCUACAUGGUGACAUCUGAAAGCAUGCAGCCUUCUUCUUCCUCCUCCUCCUCCUCCCUCGGGGCUCAGCUGGACGUCCUAAGCGGGGGUCAAGGGUGUGAAGACGCCAGCAGCACGCUCCACUGGAGACAAAUCAGACCUUCCCGGCCGUGUCAUCGUAAAACAUCCCCCAGGAAGGUUGCGACCUCCUCACCCUUUCAACUCAUCUGCAGGCAUAGCAAGUCAGGAGAGGAGGAGGGUCCUUCAUGCUGCAGCAUAACUACCAAAUCCACAUCAUCGCACAAGAACCAGCCAGUAACACAUGUCCUGUUGGAGAGGAGCUCCCCAGACGCCGGGAGGCAGCUGGACGGGGACGGGCGGCGUUUUGCAUGAGAAGCAGCCCAUAUGCAGGAGGAUGCUGCCGGGCUAUUGGCGGUUCGGGACAAAGUGUGGCGGUUGUUCGCAGGGCAUCUCACCCAACGACCUGGUCCGAAGGGCCCGGAGCAAAGUGUUUCACCUGAACUGCUUCACCUGCAUGAUGUGCAAUAGGCAGCUGUCCACCGGAGAGGAGCUCUACAUCAUAGACGAGAACAAAUUCGUUUGCAAAGACGAUUACAUAAACAGCAGCAACGGGAAAGACGCCAGCGUGCUAUCAGUAACGGCAUGCAGCGACCCCAGCUUAUCGCCGGACUCUCAAGACCAGCUGCAGGACGACGUGGUCCUGAAGGACACGGAGAUCGCCGCCCUGUCAGACAAAGAGACGGUUAAUAACGAGAACGACGACCAGAACCUCGGGGGGAAGCGGCGCGGUCCGAGGACCACCAUCAAGGCCAAGCAGCUCGAGACGCUGAAGGCGGCGUUCGCUGCGACCCCCAAACCCACAAGACACAUCAGGGAGCAGCUGGCCCAGGAGACCGGCCUCAACAUGAGGGUCAUCCAGGUUUGGUUCCAGAACAGACGUUCCAAAGAGAGGCGCAUGAAGCAGCUGAGCGCGCUGGGUGCGCGGAGACACGCGUUUUUCCGGAGCCCGAGGCGGAUGAGGACGCUGGUGGACCGGCUGGAGCCCGGGGAGCUGAUCCCCAACGGGCCCUUCUCUUACUAUGGAGAUUAUCAAAGCGAGUACUACGGCCCGGGAGGAAACUACGACUUCUUCCCUCAGGGGCCUCCGUCGUCGCAGGCCCAGACCCCGGUCGAUCUCCCCUUCGUGCCCUCCUCAGGCCCCACGGGCACCCCCCUCGGAGGUAUGGACCACCCCCUGCCAGGCCACCACCCCUCCAGUGAGGUGCAGCGCUUCUCCGACAUCAUGUCUCAUCACCCGGGGGACUCUCCCAGCCCGGAGCCCGGCAUCCCGGGGCCCCUGCACAGCAUCUCCUCCGAGGUGUUCGGCCCCAACCCGCCCUUUACCUCACUGUCGCUGAACGGCGGCGGAUACAGCAACCACCUGUCCCACCCGCCCUCGGAAAUGAACGAGGGCACUGUGUGGUAGCCGUCAGAGGGAGUGGACUCUGCUGGAGAGAGAUUCGGUAACAGAGGGUGAGGUUUGGUGGUGUGGGGGAGGCGGGGGCUGCAGGAUGGGGGACACCGACAGGCUUCAUGAUUUUUUGGGGUGUUUUCAUAUUUAUUUAUUUAUUCUCACGUUUGAUUUGUUGAUCUUUUCUGUGAGGAAAGGCAAACAAAUGAUGUUCAAACAUUGUCUCCAGUAUUGUGUUUGGGUGUUUGCGUCGCUUCUUUGGCCCCUCCCACCCUGGACUUAAAUAAGAAAAUGAACUGGGUGAGACUGCUGAACUGGCCCCCCUUUCUUCAGGGCUCCCUGUCUCCCCUCCUGACUCCUGUCAGAGGCCCGGCAGAGCGACCAAACCCCCUCAGCCCCUCGGCGGGUGAAAACAACCCUCUGAAAUCUCCCGUAGUACGACCCGAACAUGAAAACAUCAUUAGCUACUGUCAAAGACUCCGAUAGCUUUACAGAGAGAAGGACGGGGCCGGGGGUCGGCUGAGUGCUGACCCGGCUCUGUAGGAAGGCUGAGCGGCGUGCAGACUGCGUUCGAGGCGCUCAACUCGUCCCUUGUAUUUAUUCAGAAGCUCCUCAGACCUCUUUGCCUCUCAAGGCUCUGCCAUAUUGACACUUAACCUUUUUGACACCAUAUUUCCCAAGACCAGAGGAAAUGACGCUUUUUUUCCUCCUUCCUCCUGGACUUUUGCUUUUUGCUUUUUUUCUUGUCUUGGUUUCUGAAUUUCCACCAAAUCUGGAGAAAGCCGCCUUCAAAAGGCAAACAGUCAAACCCUCUACGGAUUGCAAACCCUUUAUUUAAAAAUGGAAAUGAACUUGAAAUGUUGAAAUGAAGUCUACCUUCUAAAAAUCUUCUACUGCGGUUCUAAAUGGGACUUAGAACAGUCAACUGUUUACGUAAUCUAUUUAAUUCAGGAGUCCAGAAGUCUCGAAAAACCAUGUUUUAGAACCUCUCGAUCCACAUAAAAUGUUCCAAGCAACCAACCAAACUUUUGUAUUGAUUUCAUUUAUAUUGUAUGGAGAUAAAAACACAUUUGCUGGGGUUGUGGUUCACUGUGCUAGUUUGUACAAGAUGUUGUUUACAAAAAAGUUUAAAAAGAAUAAAAACAGAAGUAAAGUAGACAUUUGCCAAAUUAAAAAAAAAGAAUAGCACAAAUCCUGUUAAAGUGCUUUGCACCAUCAUCUGCAGAACGUGUUGAGACUAAUGUACGUGUAAUUGAGGAGUAAUUGACUUCUUAAUUUUCUAGUCUGCUGACGAUGCAUUCAUAAAAUUGUUAAUAUAACAUACUUAGACAGGUUUUAUUUUUGUGUCUUCUAAGGAGAAAAAUCCAAACUAUUAAAAAUUGAUGGUCAAAUAUGCGGCGAGUAGCUGCUACAUCUCUUUGAAUAUGGAGCCCUCAUGGUAUGUCUUUUAUUGUUCCAAUAAACCGAAGCUUAUGUGACCUCCAGUGCAUAUUAGACCAUUCACUGUAUAAAUACAACAUGUUGACAAAAAUGUGUUUCUAAUAAAACUAGAAAAUAUA